AUGUCUAGUCAGAACUAUAGCACCGUGUCUGAAUUUAUCCUCUUUGGCUUCUCGGCCUUCCCGCAGCAACUCCUGCCUGCCUUCUUUCUGCUGUACCUCUUGAUGUACCUGUUCACAUUGCUGGGGAACCUGCUCAUCAUGGUCACAAUCUGGACUGAACACAGACUCCACACGCCCAUGUACCUCUUCUUGUGUGCCCUCUCCAUCUCUGAGAUUCUGUUCACAGUCGCCAUCACCCCUCGCAUGCUGUCUGAUCUGCUCUCCACCCGUCGCUCCAUCAGCUUUGUGGCCUGUGCCAACCAGAUGUUCUUCUCCUUCAUGUUCGGCUUCACCCACUCCUUCCUGCUCAUGAUCAUGGGCUACGACCGCUAUGUGGCCAUCUGCCACCCCCUGCACUACCAUGUGCUCAUGAGCCCCCGUGACUGUGCCCGUCUUGUGGCCUGGACCUGGGCUGGUGGCUCCAUCAUGGGGAUGAUGGUGACAUCGAUAGUUUUUCACCUCAGCUUCUGUGGGUCUAAUGUGAUCCACCAUUUUUUAUGCCAUGUUCUUUCCCUCUUGAAGUUGGCCUGUGGGGACACGAUAUCUUCUGUCACCAUGGGUGUGAUCCUGGUGUGUGUCACAGCCCUGAUAGGCUGUCUGUUCCUCAUCAUCCUCUCCUAUGUCUUCAUUGUGGCUGCCAUCUUGAGGAUCCCCUCUGCUGAGGGCCGGCAUAAGACCUUCUCCACAUGUGUUUCCCAUCUGACAGUGGUGGUUGUGCACUAUGGCUUUGCUUCCAUCAUCUACCUCAAGCCCAAGGGCUUCCAUUCUACGUACAGUGACACCCUGAUGGCCACCACCUACACAGUCUUCACUCCCUUCCUUAGCCCAAUUAUUUUCAGCCUAAGGAACAAGGAGCUGAAGAGUGCCAUAAACGAAAGCUUCCACAGAAAAUUCUGUUCUGUAAACUCCCAAUGGCCAGUUUGGUGGUGGUGA